AUGCCUGAUUUUAGUCAGUCAGUAGCACAACUUCGAGGGGUCAGUAUGGAGCAGCUGCAGGUUAUUGCUACCUGUUGGUCUCGACAAGAGUUUAAAGAACCUGAUGAACCAUCGUCGGUUCAUAACAAUGGCGACCUUGCCAGGAUUCGGCACUGUUUGGCUGGCAGGUUUGUGGCAGCAUCGGAGUUUAAAGAACCUGAUGAACCAUCGUCGGUUCAUAACAAUGGCGACCUUAGGCCAGGAUUCGGCACUGUUUGGCUGGCAGGUUUGUGGCAGCAUCGGAGCUGCAGGUAUUGCUUACCUGUUGGUCUCGACAAGAGGUUGGGGAUCUUGUCUGUUGGUGUAGCUUCAUCUCCGUUGGCAGUAUGUGGCUGUCAUGACGACAAAGUUCGUCUGUUGGCUGCAUUAGAAGUUCGACUCAUCUGUUCUGAUGGGCAGCGUGUGGUGUCUCUACAACAAAUAACGAUUCACGGGAGAUUCUUGCACGGAGUUCGGCCUCUGUGGUGCGCUACCGUCGGGGGCCAGUACGCGGUCAUUGACUACCUCCUUUCCAAAGGAGCCAAUGUGAAUGGCAUUACCAGAUUCAACAGCACUCCUCUGCGAGCAGCGUGUAUCCAUGGCCACCUCGAUAUUGCCAAACUUCUUGUGGAACACGGAGCCUCCACCGAGACUACUGAUCCAUACUCGUUCACUUGUCUGAUGCUCGCUGCUCACAACCGCCGUCUGGAAAUUGUGAAAUACCUUUUAGAAAUUGGCGUUGACGUGAACGGUAAGAGUAUGGACGGGCAAAGCGCUUUGCAUGUGAGUGCGGAAAUAGGACAUAUUGAAAUAAUGAAAGUGUUGCUGGAUCACAACGGUCAAAUGGAUGCCGACAUUUCUGGAAUUACUCCUCUGAUUCUGGCGAGCUUUCGUUGCCACUUGGAAAUGGUAGAAUAUCUUGUAAGCAGAACAGACUUGAUAUCUGUUAAAGAGAAAGCCGAUGCAUUCGAGUUACUUGGAGCUUCGCUUUUAGACGAUUUGGAAGAUAUUGUCAGUGUUAUUCAGUACUGGAAAUCAGCUAUGAGCCACAGGUACGUAGAUGGUGUCCUGACUUAUCCAAAAUCCGAACUGAAUUUGGAAGGUCCUGCACACGAGGAGUUCAGAGAAGUCACCACCUUAGAGCAACUAGAGGCCAUAGAGACUGACUUCGAGUCAGUCCAACGUCAGUCUCUCCUCGUGAAGGAGAGGGUUUUAGGACCCGAUCAUUUUACCACACUGCUAUAUAUCCGGGACGCAGGUCUCGACUACGCAAAUGACGGUGCUUUCAAGCAAUGCAUCAACCUGUGGGUUCACGCUAUCGAAGUGCAAUAUUUCCGGCUAAAACCACUCAACCACGCUAGGCUCUACCACUUCAGGUCAUUCGUGGGGCUGUUUUCAUCCCUGACGGACGCAGAGCAUGUAAGUAACUGGAAUCGUCAACCUAAGGAUUUUUUCGAUGAUAUUAUGUGUGUGUUUGAAAAAGGCGCGAGGGAAUUGAAUCUGGUUGUUUCCGAAUUAGAUCAAAGCGACAUUUCCGUGAAGAAGCUAAAUGAAUCACACCUUAACGAGUGUGUUGCAAUCAUCAUGCAUUUAUUAGUAUCGUUAACAAUGUUACAGCCACAGCUCUCGUCCUCUCAGAUACACACUUUCAGGAGUGCGUUGUAUCAACUACUGAAGAAGGAUCCAAGGGAUGCAGCGGGUUGGAGCCUUCUCCACAUCGCCUGGACGGGUUUUCAGUGCCGGUGUCUAGCACCGUGA